UUCAAACACACUGCGUUUACUCGAAGCGGCCGUGUCUUGUUUUUACGUGUGUUUUGCGGUAAAGGUUUGUGUUUUUAAAUUACAUCAGCGUGCAGUCAGACGCACAUAUUCACGUAAUGCAACAGAGCUGAUUUAAUUAACGAUUGGUCGUUAUUCCACCCAAAUAUACGGGAAUGUUCUAGGGGUGGGAAAAAAUAUCCAUAUGUUAAAGGAUCGUGAUAUUUUUCCUCGUGAUAUUGUAUCGAUAUUUGCAUGCCAUAUAUCGAUAUUGUUAUUAUUUACAUUUUCCACAUUAAUAUUGUGGUGAUGGGAGAAAUUUUGCCAAAUUGAUCUAGGAAUUCAACAAAAGUCCCUUAGGAGCAAUUAUCUUGCAUUACACAUAAUCACCCUCCCUUACUAAAAUGUAUCACGAUUUUAAAAUAGUAACAUUAACUGAGGUAUUUUGACAAAAACGUUAAUAUCAUAUAAAACAGGCUAACCUUUUAGGUGAAAUCUAUUAUACUUUUGUGUACUGAAACUGUUGUAAUAAAUAAUGUUUUUUUUAAAAAAAUGUUUAGGCUACUAUUGCAUUAAUAAAUACUAUAAUUUAUUUUAGAAAGACUAUCUACAUCGACAUAACCUCAGAAAUAGGGAGCCAUUAUAGUCUUAUACGCUUAUGGUUUUGCAUUGUACAUAGAUGUUGGGAAAUAAGCUGGCCUUGAUUUGUAAACUGGCACUUUUUAUAUAAAUUUAACAAUGCAUUUGAUGAAGACGAAUGAGAAACAUUGAGUGAAAUAUCGCAAUAUGUCAUAGUUUUGAAUCGCAGUACACCAAAAAUAAAGAAUCACAAUAACAUCGUAUCGUGACCUAGAUAUCGAUAUUAUAUCGUAUCGCCAGUUACCUUGUGAUUCCCACUCCUAGAAUGUUCAUGGAUUACCUAGAUCCAGAAUGAUUCAACUCAUUUAGACUGAUAGUUUAUCGCCCAGUUCGCUCGUAGUCUUACCACUGUAUACUUGAGCAUACAUACAUCACAUUAUUACACAUAAAUAUAUCGUUUUCAUAAAAAAAUAUUUAGAGAGAGUUGACACCUGCUGCUCAAAAUGUCUUUGGCCGGAGCUAUGUGGUUUGCAGUACAAGAUGAUUUAUACAGUGCUUGUAAUGAUACAACAACAACAACAUCCAGCAACAGCAGCUCAACACAAGCAAAGCAUCCCAUUCAAAACAUUGAGCCAGUUCUCGCCUCUGACACACACACCCUUCUGGACCGCCUCGACGACCGAUUUCUGUCCCAGUGUUUUCAUCUCAACCGACAAUGUCUGCGCUUCAUCGUUGAUUUCAUCCAGGCCCGUUUAAAGAAAGACGUAUUUGCAGCAUCCCACAACCUGAGCUCGUCAGAAGCCAAGAUUCUGGCCACACUUUCUUUCUACGCACACGGAUCUCUGCCCUGCAAAGUGACCGAUCGGCUGGGAAUCGAUCAAACAUCCGCCGGCGAGGCAGUGAAGAGCCUCACCAAACUCUUAUCAGACAUGAGCCCUGACUUCAUCACCUUCCCGUACAGUUAUAAUGACCGCAUGGGAGCUGCGCAGGCCUUCAAGAACAUCAGCGGUAUCCCGCACGUGGUGGGGGUGUUGGGCUACCUGCACGUAAAGGUGACCCCUCCGCCUGGGGAGGAGUACAUGUAUAUGAACAGUCUGGGUUAUCAUUCCGUCAUGAUGCAAGUGAUCUUCGAUGUGGAUGGAAAUCUAUUGAGUGUCGAGCAGUGCUGGCCGGGAGGAACUCCUGAAGACAGUGUUUGGGCGAGCUCAGACAUUGGCAAACAAUUCAGCACAUUUCGACACGGCCAUACGUGGGUUUUAGGUGGCAGAGGUAUGUUUGGUGGUGGACAUGUGUUGACCCCCGUUGACCCCUCUCGCCUCAAAACCAACGCUGCACACAGAUUUAACAAAGCACACGCUCAGGUAUAUGGCCGCAUGCAGCAGGUGUUUGGCAGUCUGAAGAGUCGUUUCCAGUGUCUGCGUGACUUCGGCUCCAUUCAGACUCUAGAGUCGGUGGCCUGCACCAUCACAGCAUGCUGCGUUCUGCACAACAUAUCUAAGAAGUUCUCAGUGCAGUUACCCUGGGAUUUUGCCAUAGAGCCACUGCACCCUCCAUCAGAGGUCAACUACACAGCAGAUCCGCCGUACAACUACAUGCAAGAAACUAAAGACGAGAUGAUAGGAAUGUUUUUCUCUAGUGCAGAGGACAACUGAGAAGUGCAUGGAGAGACAGAGAAUGACACAUGCAAACAAACGUCUGUGACUUGGACUGACUUGUUUUGUCUUAGCAGUUGAAUUGGAAACACUUUACAAUGAGGUUGUUUACAUUAGCAUUAGUUUAAGGUAUAGUUCACUCAAAAAUAAUGAAAUAAUUUUCAUUUUUGGGUGUACUAUUCAUUUAACACAUUAAUUAACAUGAACUAACAAUGAAUAAUACUUCUACACCAUUUAUUAAUCAUGGUUCAUUUUCAUUUCUGCAUAUACCAAUACAUUUGUAACAUAAAACGUAUUUGUUCACAAUAGUAAAUCCAUUUUGAACUAACAAUGAAUAGAGCUAUAUUUAUAAAUGAACAUUAAUCAAGCUAAUUGUUAGUCAAUAAAUGCUGUAAACCUCAUUGUAAAGUGUUACUGUUGAAGUAGUAGUAGUUAAAAAGGGACAAGAAACCAGAACGUAUUUCAGUUUAGACGUUUAAACUGUGGACUUCUAUAUAUGAAAAAACACAAACAAAUGCAUGCCAAUGCCAGUUUAUUAUUCAUUUACAUAAGCUUUAUUCAAUUAAAUCAAUAAUCAAGUUAAUACAAAAGCAUUUUUCUGUCCACAAACUACGCAAAUAAAAACAAUGUUUAUCUAGUCAUCUAUGGAAGGCUUUAACUUGAACUCAUAUUAUUUUACAACCCUUACAAAAAACCGAUUGUAAUGGCACCAGGGUAUCAAAUGAUAAUAUCCAUGUUUUUUUUUUUUUUUUUUUUUUUUUUUUAUCAUUAAGAUUUGAGAUACAAAUUUCUAAAGGGAAAAUGUAUAUUUUAGGUGUACUGACUGGUCACAAUUUCCUUUAGGUUUUUCACAAUUUUUAAACACCUUGAGUAAAUAUUUCAUUUACUCUUGAGUUAAUAUGAGGUUAUAAAUGCUGUAUGCACAAUUUUCUGUAAAAAUGCAACUGCAAAAUAUAUUACAUUCUAAAAUGAUUAGCAAAGUGCUGUUUAAAAAGUUAUAGAUGGAGGAAUGCAUAUCACACUGCAGGACCGCAUGUCAGUAUAUUCGUGUAUUAUGGUAUUUACAUGGUAUUCCAAGGUAAGCAUGUCAUGGUAAGUGGUACAUGUGUUUUUCAUAGUCCAUGAUGUCUUUUGAUCAACAUAAUUAUAAAUAUUGUGGUUCAGCUACAGAAUAUAUACUGUUUCCAGAAUAUGAACUCAAAGGUUUCAUUAAGUGCUUAGCAGAUGCUUUCUUACUAAAGUGCAAGGGGCUUAAUCACCGUUUUUAUUGUCUUGUAAAUACAUUAAAAGUACCAGUGCUUCUGACCAAGUUGUUAAUAAUAUAUAUAUAUAUAUAUAUAUAUAUAUAUAUAUAUAUAUAUAUAUAUAUAUAUAUAUAUAUACUUAAAAAUAUUUAGCAACACGCCGGUCUUUCAGAUUGAUAAUACCAAAUAGACCAAUAGGUUUACAUUACACGGAAGUGGUGGCAAAAAUGUUGAAAAUGUACAAAAAUGAAUUAUUACAGGUAUUUUAUUAAUUCAUAUCAUUAUAAUAAUUGUAUAGCUUUUUUUUUUUUUUUUUGGUGUCGUAAUUUAAUUUAAUCAUAAAAUCUAACUGUUGCUGGCAGUGUUUGGGGUAAUGCGAUAAAAGUAACGCGUGUUAUAUAAUCAUAUUACUUUUUUGAGUAACGAGUAAAGUAACGAAAUAUGUUUUAUUUUAGACAAUAUUAUCUCUGUUACUUUUUAAAUAAAAUAACACGUUGCUUUUGUACACCUCUACUGUCCCUGUAUUGCGAGAAAUUAGUAAAGGAGUAAAAGUGUGAAACUUCGGGGAGUGCAUGAUUGACAUUGUAUUUCUAUAGAGUAGGAGGCCAGAGACUAUUUAGCAGAGAGAUGAGUCACUUCUAUUUAAAUGAAUCGGAGAAAAUGGAACACCCAACCAAGAAGCCCUAGCACCCAACAGUCAAUGGAUGUAGAAAGGAAGUCCUGCCUUUUAGGUAAAAGAGCCAAUCACCAUUUGGAUACUGUAAUAUGAGGUUGUGUGUAAUGAGUUUCAGGUGUGUAUGAUCACAUGGUCCUCUUAAAAGAGGUGUGGUUUGAGAAUAAAGAUACACACAAUA